AUGGUGACAAACGACGGAGCUACUAUCCUCAAGGCUAUUGCGCUUGAUAAUGCCGCUGCCAAAGUUUUAGUCAAUAUAUCCAAAGUCCAGGAUGACGUCGUGGGGGACGGAACAACAUCGGUCACAGUUCUGGCUGCAGAACUGCUACGGGAAGCCGAGAAACUUGUUGAGAAAAAAAUUCAUCCUCAGCUCAUCAUUGAUGGAUACCGGAUAGCGAGCCGUGCUGCCCUAGAAGCCUUGGAAGCGAGCGCAGUUGACAACAGUGCCGACCCUGUUGCGUUCCGAAAAGACCUCCACGCUAUUGCGCGGACCACCCUGAGCUCCAAAGUUCUAAGCCAGGAUCGAGACCAGUUUGCCGAUCUUGCCUGCGACGCAGUGUUGAGGUUAAAGGGGUCUACUGAUCUCAGCCAUAUACAGAUCAUUAAAAAGGCCGGCGGAAAGCUCUCUGAUUCGUACCUCGAUGAAGGAUUCAUUUUGGAUAAGAGCAUUGGAGUGAAUCAGCCCAAGAGACUGGAAAAGGCAAAGAUUCUGGUUGCAAAUACUGGUAUGGAUACCGACAAAGUCAAGAUCUUCGGCGCCAGAGUCAAGGUCGACUCGACAGGGAAAUUGGCCGAGCUUGAAAAAGCGGAGAAGGAGAAGAUGCGGGCAAAGGUUGAGAGAAUCAAGGCCCACGGAAUUAACUGCUUUGUCAACCGUCAGCUUAUCUACAACUGGCCUGAGCAGCUCUUCACGGACGCUGGCAUCGUCUCUAUCGAGCAUGCUGAUUUCGACGGCAUUGAGCGCCUCGCUUUGGUCACUGGAGGUGAAAUCGCCUCCACCUUUGACCAUCCUGACCAAGUCAAGCUCGGUCACUGUGAUUUGAUCGAAGAAGUGAUUAUUGGAGAAGAUACCCUUAUUAAGUUCUCUGGUGUUGCUGCUGGCCAGGCUUGCACCAUCGUUCUUCGUGGAGCUACUGGACAACUCCUGGACGAAGCUGACCGGUCUCUACACGACGCCCUUGCCGUUCUGUCCCAGACUGUCAAAGAGCCCAAAGUUACCCUAGGUGGAGGAUGCGCCGAAAUGGUUAUGGCCAAGGCAGUUGAGCAUGCUGCCCAAAACACCACUGGAAAGAAGCAGCUAGCAGUGGACGCUUUCGCACAGGCUCUAAAACAACUACCCAUUAUCCUUGCCGACAACGCCGGCCUUGACUCAAGUGACCUUGUUACAAGACUUCGACAAGCCAUCAACAAGGGUCUGACCAGCUCCGGUCUAGACCUUCUCACUCCCGGGGGAGGUAUUGCCAACAUGCGCGAACUCGGUGUUGUGGAGAGUUACAAACUCAAGCACGCCGUUGUCUCGUCGGCUUCUGAAGCUGCUGAGGUUAGUUAA